AUGAGAAAGGAGAAGUACUGGUUGAAUAUCAGGUAAGAUUUGCUUUUGUGACCUCACCUGAUAGACACAAUACUGUUGACCUAGUUAACUGUUUUGCGUUGGUGUGAUUGCGUUGACAUGCUGUUACUGUGUGUUGCGGUGUGUGUUCUGUUGACGGCCCUGUUUCUUUGUUGUCGUGGCUACUUUUUGGCCUAAUACCAGUGGUCUUUCUUAACUUUCGGCCUAUCGUCUCCUUCUGAAUUUCGAGUUGGAUGUUCUUGGGUUUAGGGCUGCAGUUAAUGUUUAGUGUUAGAGCUGGGGUUAGGAUUAGGGCUAGGGGUUAUGGUUAGGGCUUAGGCUUAAGGGCAAUGUCUUGGGGCUAGAUAUGGAGGCUAAAGCACUGUAUCCCGUGCCUAAAAUAUCCAUGUAUCUACACUUCCAGACUGGACGCAUGCUCGGAUCGCGCGUGAGCGAACUUAAGGCGGCUGUGCGACACGGUGGCGAAGUAGUUCAAGUACCGCUGGCAUCUUUUCAACGGGUCGCGUGUUUAACAUUGCAGGAGCGAGGAUGGCCGAACACAUCGAGAGAAAGACACGCCAAUAAGUAGUUGUAACCGGCGGCCCAGAUACGAACUCAGCCAACCAAUUUUAUUAUCUGCCCCAAGCUGUGUGAACCCUACGCAGCUAUCUCCAAACUCACGGCAGUGGUGGCUAAUUGGAAAAUACCCUGUCACCCGGACUGUUGCUAUUUUUGACCGGAGAACGACACCCGUGUGCCUUCGAGAGAGCAGACACAUCAAAGGAUGAUUGCGAUUUAAUUGAAUUUGCUCUUCUUACAGAUGAGCAAAAGCCGAUUCAAUCUGUACAGGCCAAUAAAAUGAUUAUGAAGAAGAUGCUGUCAAUAUUAUUAUACCAUAAGUUAAAAAUCAUAUGCAGACCCAUAAACAACGUAAUUUAGUGUAAAAUGUGUAAGCAUUAAUUCUAAAAGAUGUGGGUACUUCCCAGGUUUGGUUAUAUAUUAUCUUGAUUCUUAUUGAACACGCUAUUCAGAAUAAUCUGCCGGCAAGUAUCACAAUCUUUCCUCGAUAUUCAUGGUCAUUUUCAUCCGAUUAGGAAACAAUGAUGCUAAUAUUUUGAAUAGCAAAGAGAAAUUAUUAAAAAUUUGCCUUUGGUGUCUGGAGCACAGUCCUAUCGCUAGCCAUCUUUUUUAAAAAUUGUUGCAGUCACUCAGCGUGAGAUCCUAGGACUUCAGUGAUAAUAGAGUCUCAUUUUGCAAAGGCUCUCCCUAAACAUGUGCCUGUUUAACAUUCCUAUCAUUUUCAUCAGUGAAAAAAUUUGCUUUCGUCUAAAACCGUUAUCAGCACCAUGACCAGUAGGGGUAGGAAGAAUAAAGAGAGCAUAUGCGAUGUGCACCGAAAGAUCAAAAGGAUAUCUGUAUGGAUUUACUCAUUGUGGUAAGAAAACAUCAAACGCAGACCUCCAAUUAGGCGACAAAUUCAUGGUAGAGAAUGUAAAAUCGGAAACGUGACUUAUGCUUGGACUAAGGAGGACGUCUUGUUCCAAUCUGACCACUAGGUACUGCCUGUCAAGUUAGCACACUUUCUUGAAUGGAGGCGAAAAUUCGAAUUUCAGGAGGAAGACAAUCGAGCACAGGGAUAUUCUGUUUAUUUUUCUGAGCUUUUGAACUCGUACAGGAGUCAAACCUCAGAGAUAGCAACGUUAACAGAUGCAAAGACAAUUCUUAUGCCUACUAGCCAAUCAUUUAUCGAUGGAACAAUACAAUAACCAUGUGCAGCAUGAAUAUGAAAAUUAAGUUGCGGCAAAAUCCUGGAGUAGUUUAUCGCAUCCCAUUCCAAAAUUGUCCUUGUAGCUACACAGGCAAGACUGGAGGCGUGUUCUCAUUAUGCCCACACAAAAAUAAGCUGCUCGAGUUGCUGGGAGACGAAAUAUUACAAGUGGAUGUCCACACCUACGAAGUGGAUCACGAAUUUAACUACAAAGUCAUCAAUAUAAUCGCCUACUCAGGAAACAAAGCUGCCCAAAAACCUUUCGAAGCUUGGACCUCGGAUGAGAACUCAAUGAAUCGAUUUAUCGAUACGACGCCGGCGCACAGUGCCCAGUGCGUUUACUUAAAGUUGACUCUCUUUACAGAUGCCGGAGCAAAGCAGGUAACCUUUCCAGUUUAAGGAACUACGAGCAGCUAAAUAAACAUCUUACCCCUCAUCCAUGUUUGCAUGUUGCCUACAGUCUAAUUGUGCUUCUCGUCGUAUCAUAUUUCCAAUUUCACUCCCUUUCGCCUGCGAUGAGCCGACAAGACGUGCUGUCAUCUUGGUUAUAGGCAGACAUUCAGUGAAAAAAACACUACACUGGGCAGAUUCUGAGCUCGUAAAGAUUACCUCGGGUCUGUAAAUCCUUAUCGCUGACAUGUGUUUAAAUUACUUGCAGAUGUGGUGUUUCGUUAUGAAAAUUUUAAUAAGCGGGGACCGUCUAAGCCCUCACUGUCCCAUUUGAAACAACAAAAUUCGUUGUUUUUCCUCUAAGGCGGAUGCUGCAGUUUAGGGUAGAUUGCUUAUGUAUUAGUAGAGGGCUGUUAGAGAAUUCUAAAUAAACUGACCUAAAUUAGACCUAGCUAAGAUACAGAUUUUGCAUGCGCUAGAAGCAAGCUGAGACCAAACGGAAUUACGACACGCAAUGCAUUCAAUCAUUCUGCCUUUUAUGGAGAUUUUUUUAUGGAAAACAAAUGUUCUGCACGCACUGGACCACAGUACUGUCCGUUUAGCUUUAUUUUAUCAUGCAUUUCUGCCACCGGAAAUAGGGACUGUCUUAAAAAAUCUGUUCCCGUCUACUAAAGACAGGGUGUUGGUUGGCUAAGCCUUUUUAUUCUCUGAUUUUCCUAGAUAUCGUUUGAAAUUUACAGCGACUGUGAAGGCAAACAGAAUUUUAGAGCACAAUAUGGGUUCUGGAUUUUUAAAUUGGCUUUGAGUUCGCACAUGGUUUGAUAACUUUAGAAGCUAUAAAAUUGCGCUUGUUCUGUCAACCGACCAUCGAAUGCAGCUAUCAUGUCUUCCCGGUCAUAUGAAAAUGAAUUGUAUCUGCAACUUUCGUAAGAUCUAUAGUGAUGUUUGUUUAAAAUUAGAUAACUGCCUCAAAUAACAUUCUGUUAUAAACUUGAAAAAAUGAGUUUUUCCAGGUUUUAAAAAGUUUAAUUUUGCGUCUAUUAUGUCUAUGAAUUUUCCAUUAAUUAAGAAAAGUUUCUCUUCACUUAUUUAUGUUGUAUGUAAAGCAGACAUUGUGGUUCAAAUCCGCGUAAAAUUUUAAGCAUAUUAUACGAUACAUCCCUGGUAUCUUGUAGAAAUAAGUGGUGUUCCAUACAUGGAAAAUGUAAAGGUAGGUUGGCUCCAAGUUUUCCAUAGAAAAACGUAGACGCAAUACAGCCUUUUGUAAACGGAAUUCUGCUUUGUAGUUAUAUGUUAGUUCAUACGUUCAAGCUACCGCUUAAUUUGCGGAUGAUUAAGAACGCCUUCUGUAGCUCGAAUCGCUGUCUGGUUUUUAUCACAUUCCAACUUUUCUGACAGCAGUUUCUGUUUCUGCCUGGUUUGUCACCUGGUAGUGUUGGUGGUUAAAAGCAGAUCAGCAUUGCCGACAAAGGCUAGGGAGACUGAAGUGGACAUUUCCGGAUUAUUAAUCAUCGUCUGCUGGUCAUAGCCAAACCUGGGCUGUGUAGACGCAGGGGCUCGAUUCCGCGACCUGUUAGCUUAAUGUUCAACGCCCUAUGUACUGGGUUUAUAUGUCAUUUUAGGUUCAAUCAGGCACAUGCAUUGUUUUAGGGGUGCUUACCGAUCGUGCAACGUAACGCACUCUUUUCGUUGAGCUUGGGUUUCACAUUCGAUUUCUGCUCGCAGCCGCAAAGGGGGUGUACAAGAUAGGUAAAGUGAACACUAACAAAGAUAAGGGUAACUGAAAUGAACAUUUCUGGCUUUUAAGCCGUUUCCGGCUAGCCAUACCCAACCCCGGGGCCUGUAGGCCCUGGAACUCGAUCCCGCGACCUAACCGCUGAGCCACGGGCUUAUUAUAAAAUAGAUGAACGCCUUCUUGGUACUGCCUUGGCAACUGUUAGGAACGUAUCCACCAGUAGGCUUUUAGUCGUUUAGAUAGGCUGAAUUUUAACGCACUGCCGGAGUUAGUUAAUGAAAGGGCAUUUGAAGGAAGAAGCGAGGCGGUCGGUAAAGCUGAACCCUAUCCGACUGGAUGUAUCACGUCUUCGAUUUCCACAUGUGCAAAUCAGCCUGACUUUUAACUCUUUGACUCCAAGUAUUGGUUGUGCUGUAGAGACGCUAAUUAACUGCAAUGGUUAGACUGGUAAAUUACGCUGGCUUCUCUGCACAAAGGGAGUUUGGCGACUUCUCCUAACUGUUGAUGUUCACACCGCUUUCGUUUUUGAUCUCAACUCUAUCGGUGGUCAUUUGACGGACUAGUACAAGUCGACUGGUGCGUCAGAAAGGGAGAAUGAGUGCGAAUCACAACAGGAAAUCAAUAUUGAUAACAUCUCAGGGAAUUCUUCAUUUUAAUAAACCCGACGUAGUUAAAUCUUCUGCAGUGCGCUUUUAGUAGUGACCUUCACGGUUCUCAAAUGACAGCACAGCCUGGUCAAACUCAGAUCCGAGCAAUUCGACCUUUUAGCGCUUUUAUUCCUGUGAGAUCUGUGAUGAGAUUACAGUAGCCAAAACAGCUUGUGUGGACUAGGUCGUGUUUUUUUACGAGUCAAUGGAUAGCCUAGCUUUGUCAGUCAGUACAUCCGCACCCACCGCGGGUUGUCGGGGCACUUCCCUGGCAGUGGGAGGAGAUGAAUGAGCGAGGAGAUUGCGCAGUAAAUAAUCUGCAAGGCUGACACACUGUAUGCUAAUUUAAGGGCAAGCCAUCCGUUUCGUGCAUUCUCCGUGGGAAACGCGGCGAAAGUUUCCGAUGGAGACCGCUGAAUUGUCACAACCUGAUGGGCAGCCAAGGUGUUGAACUGCUUCAUGUGUUAGAUAACCUACACCAGUUCUUCGCUCAACCGAACCUGACAGACUUUAUACCUGCGUUUUCUUCAGAGGUUUUGUAACGGUCCGAGAUGAAAUAAGUUCUCUUGUUAAUUCCUAAAUUUGUUCAUGUACCGCAGACUAGUGCCAAAUGCUACUGUCUGCGAUGAUGCAUGGUGAGACAUGAAACUUAGGAACUACACAACUACAUUGCGGUUCAACGACGACCGCUUUUCAUUGUUGAGGCAGCCGUCAACUAGUGCGCGCUUUGUGUCAGCAUGAUCCCGGUUUCGUCAACCGUAAUCCCGUGUGACGUCUCAUGAUUUGCUCCGCUUCUGGAGAGUUGAUGUCAUUUCGUAUCACUGCCAAUACACGUUCAGAACUUUUUAUUCGCAGUAAUCUCCGUGUUUCUCAAGAGUUUUUUGUUCUAUUUUUAUCAGCAUCAUGCACAACGAAUGACUUUAAGUGUUUCCCCCAGUUACAGCGGGUGCUUGAUUACUUGGUGCUUAACGUCCGUCGGAAAUCCUAAACCAGAGUGGAAAGCAAAUGUGUCCAGCGGCGCCGAACACGUAAAACGAUUCACAGCGAAGUAUGCGUUCGGUAGGCCUUGGCUUUUUGGAUCGUUUUGCAUGCACUGGUCGAUGAAUUCUUGUGGAGAGACGUUCCCUUGCAGCACGUUUACAGGGUUUUAUACUUUAGACUCGGGGUCCUCCUGUUCACUGCAGCAAGUCUCCAGAUGCCGACAAACAAUCACUAGAUAGGCAUGGUAUAUACCCGUCCACAACGGACAAGAUAACAAACCCGUAACUCAGUGUUUAGAAGCGUUGUGUUUCUAACCAACAAAUCCUGGGAUCAAAGUCCAGAUGUUCCACACUUUGGGGCUGGUAACGAAUAACUGAUGACGGCGAAUAAGCCAAAAAAUGACUAUUUCGGUCUCCUUUAUCUUUUUCGGUAAUGCUAUUCUGCUUAUAUUGCCUGCCGCUGUGCGACUACUAACGGGACUUGGGAAAGAGCUCCAAGGCACAACGGGAUGCGCGUGAUCCGUAACGCGAUCGGUUAACGUCCUCCUCUCAGUCAAUAUGCUCAACGAAAGAAUCAAGGAGGCUUAAAGUACUCUUCUCAGCCAGCUAUAUUUUCAAUUACUUACCAGAAAAACGGUUCCUAUAUGCAAAUCUGGUAUUGUUUGGUGGAGACAAUGUUACUCAAACGUUCGUACUCAAACUUGGUAAAAAAAACCAGUUUGUGAAUGAAAAACGGCAUUAGCAACAAAGUAAGAGAUUAGUAAGACCAUUGUCAUUUCCUCGUCUUAAAUGCCUUUGACAGUAAACACAAGACCUCUUUUUGUACAGGAGUUUCCGGCUUUGCGCGCCCAACAUAGUAAAGCAUGCGCGAUUUUAGCUUGACCGCGUUUAAUAAAAUGGGAACUAGUUCUCAUUCAACUGUGAUACUUAUAUCCUCUUUUCAAAUACUCCUAUGAACAUGCUUCUCAUAAGAGCGUUUGACAAUAAACUACGUUGGUACGUUGACGAAUGAUAGGCGUGAGCUCGCAUCUCCUCGUAAGCUGUUAACACAAAGCUGAAAGGAUCACUUUAAAAGAGGAUAUUGUUUUUUGACGGCAUAACUAGCGAACAGAGCUUCGGACUUUUUCUCUGUUAAAACUUAAAUUAGAAGAACAUCUAUAAGGCAGUGACUGAUCUCACGAAAUAUUAACCAAUAUUUCGGAAUGCGUUUGCGAUUAGGAAGAAACACCUAAUAGAGAUUUUGGUGCUGACUAGCUUGCUGCAGAAACUGAAUAAACAGCCUCUGAAUGAAGAAUCUGCCGCAAAUAGGAAGGAAACUUAGAGUCGCUGCAAAAGGCCUGACUGCCAGAAAAGGCGCGGCAGAAAUAACUCAAACCUUGCGGAAAAUCCAACUCAACGCUUCAACCAGCCCUAAUUGUAACCGUACCUUAAACCAUCACCAAAAUCCCAACCCUAACCUUUAUCAUGAGUGAAACCCAUGCCCUUAUGUUAACGAUAACCCUUACUCAAGCCUUAACCGUAACUUUACCCUAACCUCGACCUAAACUACACUCUAAUCCCUAACCCAAGGCGGAAGUCUCUGCCAGUCUCUCCCAGACACUAACUCAAACCCGGAAAUUAACCCAACCACGAAACCAAAACACCAGGUUGAUCUUUUCCGUUUUAGUUUUGGAUACUUCCCACUUAUGAUUUCGGCAUCAUACUACAGUUUAGUUCACUUGAAAGGCCCAUAUUGAGCCUGAGAAAAAUCCACUACUGAAAAAUAUUGCAAGUGAGAUAAAAUGUACUUAUUUAUUGAUUGUCGUGCUCUUUUAAUUUCAGUUAUAUUUUAUAAAACGUAUGCAUACAACUUAUCUUUUGUGUUAGCAUACCGUUUAGACCGAUGUCAUCACCAAAUUUUCAAAUCAAAGAGAUGAUAUCACUUGUUUUUUUAAAAAGCCUCCAAUCAUGAGAUUUUCCGUGACCGUGCAUGACAUGGACAACAUCGUCCUCUUUUUAUACAAAAAUAUGUGAACUUUUAAUUUUCAUAUACCGAAUGCAUAGCACAUGAAGACGGGAGACCCUUUAUCCAACCGCUACGGUUGAUAAGGCUGAAAAUUACUCAGGUGUCGAAAACCAUAUUUUAAACAUAAUUACACCCUUAUUUUCCCAUACACAUUCAAAUAAGGAGUGUUUUUUAUCAUAUGAGCAUAUAUGUGAACCGGUUUAGGCAUGUUUUUUAACAAACAGUAAUCAAAAUAACACGUUCGUCAAAAAUCAAUAAAAAAUGCACUUUAAAUAUUACUCGUUUUUCCCAAAGCGCGGUUUACACAGGCGACUGAAAAUAGGUACAUUCAUAUACCCAUACCUCUGGGUUUCUGGUAUAUAAAGGGAUCUUUCAGCAGGGUAAUCAAUAUUUGACGUCUGAUUAAGGAAUUUUUUUAUGCCGAAAAUGCAUCAAAGUAUUACGAUUAGCAUUUUAUGAGAUCGAUCAUUUACCGGUGUCGGAUGGAGCAACUCGAUAAAAUGACUUCUCAUGACGUAUUCAUGACAUUUCCUCGGUUUUCGAAACGGAAUUUUUAUGCAUUAAUCUAACGGGAUGUAGCGACUUCCCAAAUCGCUCAACCCACACAACGUCAUAUUAGAAAAAAGGCACUGUCCCGGGAAUACUUCUAAUUUCACUUUUAAGAUCUUCGCUUUUACCACGGCAACCGGUUCUGAAAUGGUUAAAAUGCCCCUAAAACAGGCAAUGCUGUCGACAGAAGCAUUAAUUCAAGCUCAAGACCACUGUAUUAGUGCUGCUGUAUUAGUGUCUGCUGCUUCUCCGCACCUGCGCAGAACACCGCCUCAUCCUGACGAACACGUUCUUCUGUCUGCCGGAGCGAGAGAAGGCCACCUGGAGGCAUCCUCGGUCGCGCCAGUGGCACCUGCUGGACUAUGUCCUCGUCCGGAGGCGAGAUCAGCGGGACGUGCUGGUGACGAAGGCAAUCGCGGGUGCUGACAGGUGGACCCACCAUCGCCUCGUCAUCUCGAAGAUGCGUAUUCGCCAACAGCCUCGCAGGAGACCACAAUGUAAGCGACCCCCAGGUAAGCUGAAUGUUGCCUUGUUGUCUUUGCCCGCUCGCCAUCUUCAUUUCAGCAAUGAGCUAGCUCAACGGCUAGACAACCUUCCUAUCGCUGCCGCCGACGACGCCGCCGCUGCCGAGAACGCCUCAGUGGAGAACCUCUCGUGUCAACUGCGAGACACGGUCCAGUCGACGGCGCUCGCCGUCCUCGGUCGCGCUCCCCGCCAACACUAG